AUUUUUUUAAUAUUUAAAUAGUUAAUAUAAAACAUAAUAAUUAAAAUAUUCUUAUCAUCAAAAAUGCAAUAGCAAUAUUAAAUAAUUAGACCAUCUUUCACAGUUGUUUAACCUGGAUCAUAAGCAUAAAAACAAAUUCCACAUACAAAAUUAGUUGGAGGCAGUUCUAUAAACUAAGUGAAUUUGUUAGGCGUGAAUCAGGUUAUAAGUUAAUAGUAGUAAGUAGCAUAAUAAUAAUUAUAAAUACAACAGUAAUAAGUUUAGCAGUAAGGCUAAUAACCUCAGUAAAUUUAGUAGCAAUAAUAGAUCUAGGUAUAAUAAAAUUAGAGCUAAUAACCAUAAUAGUAGUAGUAUUUUGUCCCUAAAAAAGUUAUAGAAAACUAUAGUUACUGCUUGCCUGAUAUUAUAGGUAAAGGUUAUUCAAGCAAAGUGUAUAGAGGUAAGAAUGAAACAACAGGCGAUACUGUUGCUGUUAAAGUAAUAGAUAUGAAAGGAAUUAAGAAUGAAGUUCAAAGUUUUCUUUUGAAGAAUGAAAUAAGUGUUUUGAAAAAACUUAAUAAUAUAAAUUGUUUAAAGUUGUUUGAUGUUUUUCAUACUGCUAAUAAUACAUACAUUAUUACAGAAUUUUGUGAUCAUGGAGACUUAAAGGAGUUAAUUACAAAAUAUGGAACAUUUUCUGAAAAGCCUGCUGUAAAAAUUCUUAAGCAUCUUCUUAAUGGUUUAGAUGAAAUGCAAAACAAAGGGAUUAUUCAUAGAGAUUUGAAGCUUGCAAACAUUUUAGUUAAAGAAGGAAUUCCUAAAAUAGCAGAUUUUGGUUUCUCUAAAGACCUAAAUGCAGAACCUUGCAAAUUUUACUAUAAUGUUGGAACGCCUAUGUACAUGUGUCCAUAGUCUCUCACUAAAAAUGAAUACAGUUUCAAGAGCGAUAUCUGGUCUAUUGGUGUGUUAUUCUAUGAAAUGAUUUACAACAUAACUCCUUGGGUAGCAGACACAGAAAAGUAACUCGUCGAUAAAAUGACUUCUAUUCCAGUCUCUUUUCCUGCUACACCUAUUGUUUCUGAAGAGAGUAAAGAUUUUAUUCGAGGCUGCUUAACAAUCGAUGAAUCAAAGCGUUUUUCAUUAAAAGACAUGCUUGAUCACCCUCUUUUAAAAUUAUUUGAUAGAAAAGAAGAAAAUUCCCACAAUAGACAUCAUAAUUAAGAAAAAGCUCAUUCUACUGACUAAUUCCAUAAUUCUAAAGAAAAUGAUAAAUAAGUAGCAACUCCUAUGAUGGUAAGGCAUGAACAACAUGUUUAGCUGUAAAAUAAUUAGGCUUCUAAUGAAAAAGUAGAUAAAUAAAUCCACUAUACAGCCCAUUCAUUACCACCUUAAAUGAAUUAAUAUAUGGAUAAUAAGAACAAAGAAAAUAUUACUUCUUAAUCCCCUAAGUCACAGAACCCUAUAGGAUUAAGAUAAGACUUAUCACCUAUUCCACAAAAAGCAAAAGUUAUGUAAGUCAAGGCUUAAGAGUAAUAUGUUGGAUAGGUAUAUAAAUAGGCAGAUAUUUCAGAAAAAAGGCAUUCUGUCAAUAGCUUAACACCAAAAUUAAAUUAAAAAGAUGUCUUACCUUCAGUUCCUGAAAAGUAGGAAUAAACUUAAUCAUCUUAUGCAUAAUCAGAUAAAUCAUAGCUAAAUGAAAGAUAAAUUAAUUAGUAAAAUGGGUAACAACUAUUUAUAUAACCAAGUGAAGUAGAAGACGAAUUCAGCUAAAACGAUUAAAUUAUUCUUGCUCAAAUUAACUUUUGCCGUUUCUUAUACAGACUUUAGAAAUUAUGUGAUGACACUAAUGAUUAUGUGACUGAUGGCUUAAAAGAAAAAAUUAAAUUUUUUAUCUUGAAAAAUAUUAUGAUUAAAAUCAGUAAACUAUAAUAAAUGAGUGAAUAAUCUAUAAAUUAACUUAACAUGAGUGAUUUUCUAAGCUAUAUCUAAGAAGAAAGCUUUGCAAGAUUCUAAGUGGUGAUCAAAGAAUACCAAGUAAAAUAUGGAAACUCCUUUAAUGUUUUUUGGGAUAACAUGUAAAAUAACGUUAGUAGAAAAUAGGUGCUUCAAUCUGACAAAAAAUUUGCAGCUAUAUUUGACAAAACGUUUAUAGAAUUUGAGAGCUUUUAUAUAAUAGCUUAAGGGUAUUUAAGAAUAUCUAUUCAUGAAUUAAAUCAAUCAUUAAAUGAAAAACUUAGAAAUUUUGAUAAAAACUAAGAACUGCCCUAUGAAAUUUAAAACUCAAUAGUAUUCUUAGAUUACUUAAUUACUUAUUAUUAAUUGAGUUAGUUAAUACUUGAGAAAUUUAAUUAGUUUGAUUUAUUUGCUCGUGUCUCUAAAAUAGAGUAAAUUGCUGAAGGCAAACCCGUUCAAUUAUCAAAGUUCCAUUUCCUCUCGAUCUAAAACAAAAUAAUUCAACUUGAAAUUUGA